AUGGAUUCAAACAGAAAAGAAGGUAAAGUAUCUACUGAAACAAGAGAUUAAAAUAUUGUCAUAGGAUGCAAUCUCAUUGGCACUCUACUCAGCUGCAUUCCUGGAAGUGUUCUUGGUCCCAUGAAGGCAUCCACUAACAGAAGAGGAGAUUCCCCCCUCCCCUUAUGUCCUGCAGACCUCCCUGAUCUCCGCAAAUCAGCUGCAGACUGAUUUCACAAGAGGAAGUUUGAGGUGGCUUGCGGAGAUGCAGAUGAAAGGGGGAGCUGGCAAAACCACUUCUCCUCUUCCAAUAGCAGAUGCCUUUACUGAAUCAAAAGCUUCCAUGAACACAAAGGCAUAGGCUGGAUUCCAUUUAUAAUGUUCUCACUCACAAACAAAAAAUAUAUACAUGCUAGAAUACAAAACUUGGAUUCAAAAGCAGUAGUACCUAAGGGUUAUAUACUGGCGGAGGAGCAGCAAUAAUCCCUUUGUGUAGCCUAUAGAAACACAUCACCCUGAUGUGCGGAUAGCUCAUACGUGGGAGCCCCACGUAGACACUGAACUGAUUUCAACAGUGCAGUUCAUAAAGGGCCCCUCCAGGUGUUGAUUUAUUGUGCAUUCAUUAUGGUUUGUUCUCAUGAUGGUAUUAGGGUGCUUAUAUGCAAUUCUGCUUUCAAUUUUUGCCUGCAAAAGUUCUGGGCAGACAUACUGCUUUGUUUCCAAUCACUGUGAUUCAUAGUUCCUGUCUGAAUUCCUACAAGCCCCUCUUCCAAGUGCUUUGUUUUGGUGGGUGUAUUCUGCAACAAUGCCUUUGAUGCAAUAAUGGCGCAUUAGCAGUGGAUUUAAACUGGACCAUCCACACUUCAUUCAGCUUUAUUAGUUGUUCUGCAUUGCUUCCCCAAUGUUACUGGAUUCCUCCUGUCUGGAAGGUCGUUCUUUCCCUAAAGUGUAACAAAAGUGGGACAAAAAGCAAAAUGAAAGCCCAGAACUUUUGUGGUAUGAAAAGUUAUGGGAUUUCAGCAGGAAGCUCUGGGACAUACACCUAUUGCAGGCAAAGCAGUAUACUUAGCAGAGGCUUGACAACCAUAUGUCAGGAGUGCUCUGAUGGUGUUUCCUGCUUGGCAGGGGAUUGGACUCGAUGGCCCUUGUGGUCUCUUCCAACUCUAUAAUUCUAUGAUUCUAUGACUUACCUCAAAACUUCUGCUGAUGCCAAUUAUAUUGACUGUAUGGUCAGAUAUAGCUGUCUGUGAGCCCAGACAACAAAAGGACAUCUGGAGGGGCUGUAACUUUUCAUUGCACAAAUGGGUGCACCUAAUUUGACUCUGAGCACUAAUGGCCUAGUUUUGAAGAAAACAACUACGCUUGACACCGAGAGUCUCCCCUCCAAAGUUAAAUUUGUGGCGAUUCCCAAAACAGAUAGGCAGGAAAAUCAUUUGCAUUGUCAUGCUUCUGUUGGCUAGAUAUGUACAUUUUAUAUGACAAUAUUCACAUGUGCUACAAACAGGCCUGUGUGCUCUUUGUAGUACUAUGCAUGGAAAUGUCAAAAUAGACCGAAUGAACAGUCACAGCUGUUGGUCUUACCUCACUGGACUUUUCAAAUGGAACGCUAACCACAUGGUAUAGCUCUGAGCAUGGCAGGGUCUAAUUUCUAUUUGAGAAAAAGGAGCAUUAUUUCUAGAAUUAAAUGGCACUGCUUCACAGGAAACGGUUGGGAGGCACAAACAGGAGGUGCUUAUUUUUUUAGCGGUUAUAUAAGAUUAUAACUGUGCAUCCUGCAAGCCCCAUUCCCUAGUACUAGCUGAAGUGGAAAUUAAUUUCAGGAUGCUUUGAAUUAACUGAUGCCCUCCAAGGAGUAAAAGUGCUCAUUUGGUGUCACAGGAAGAGUUAGACAAAACUGGUACCCAGCCCUGUCAUCCGUGUUGUGUGUUCCCUUGGUGUGGGCAGGUGUUUAAAAAUGAUCAACAGUGAAGGAUUUAAUUUUUCAGGUGUUUGCUUCAUGCUGCCUUUCUUGUGCUAUUAUGGUAGAGCAGUGGCUUGUGUGUCUUACUUCUCAUUUAGUCAAGGUCAAACUAAAUGUGAUAUGGCAUGCUUGUCCCCCCCCCCUUUAUUUAUUAAAUAGCAGCUGUGGAAGAGGAGUAGAAAGAUAAACUGUUGUUUUCUGUCUCCUACUUUUGCCUCUCACUCAGAAAUUACUUCAUCUCUGACUGAAAGACGGCAUCAGCAUGUAAGCAAAGAGUUACAGAGGUGUCCUGCUUUCCUAAGGAAACCCAGGCCCUCUGAGGUUUAAGAUAAUGAAAGGAAGGCUGUAUCACCUCAGGGUCUCAGUGUCCUAAGUAAAAGGCAACCAGAUUUCAUGCACAGUUAAGGCAAAUUCAGUAAUAACCCCACCAAUAUACCUACACGCCUUUCCCGAAGGUGGAUAAUUACACACAGCCAGAUCUAGAUUUCAUUUUACGUGUAUUUUAUUGUCAUGGCUUCUCUGCGAUAAUUUUGGGAACUGUAAGUUAGUGAGGAUAGUUGGGCUUCUCUUAGAACUCCCCCCUCCCAAGAGAACUACAAUUUCCAGGAUUCAGUAAAGUGAGGUUUGUUAAGGUUCUCGAAGCAUUGAGUUGUGUUCACAGGUGAGCAAAAAUAAAAUAAUAAAUUGGAUUCAAGAAAGCCAACCAAUAGAAGCAAUCUUUUCUUUAAAAAGGGAUGGGAUCCCUUUAAAUAGAAGACCAGCUCUGCUGGAUCAUGCCAAUGGUUCAAAUUUUGGAUAGUAAACUUUAUAACACUGCAGCCCUAUGCAUGUUGACUCAAAAGUGUGAGAGCAUUUGGGAUUGCAGCCUAAAUUUGUGACGGAGGAACCUAUCAGCCGUGUUGGCAGGAGGGAAGCUCAUCCGGGAUGGUGUCACUGCAUGUGAGCCACCAUUUUGGAGGUGCCAUCAUUAACAAUGGCACUACUGAAGAGUCACAUGCCCACACGUACUCUCUGGGCUGAUGUGGUGGGAUUCACAUUGGACAGUUAGAAGUCCAGCACCACUUCUAGCUAAAACAGAUCCUGAAUUAUCCCAAAAAGAAAUCUCUCACUUAUAAUAAUGUUAAUUAUAGUUGAAGGCAGGAAAUGAUUCCCCGCCCCUUUCCCCCCUUACAUUUAUAUGAUGCCUUUCUUCUAUCAAUCAUGCAGGGGUUUUGUUUUUUUUGUAAAAAAAAGAGUGUUAGGCCUAAUAAUAAUAAUAAUAAUAAUAAUAAUAUUUUAUUUAUAUCCUGCCCUCCCCAGCCAAAGCCGGGCUCAGAGCAGCUAACAACAAUAAAAGUAACACAGCAUUCUAAAAUCAGUUCAUUCUAAAAUCAAUUCAAAAUCAAAUUAAUGGCAACCAUUGGGCUAGAGUUCUAUGAGGAUUACCAAAGGAGGGGGUCAGACUGUGCCUUGGCCAAAGACCUGGUGGAACAGCUCUGUCUUGCAGGCCCUGCGGAGAGAUGUCAAGUCCCGCAGGGCCCUAGUCUCUUGUGACAGAGCGUUCCACCAGAUCGGGGCCACAGCCGAAAAAGCCCUGGCUCUGGUUGAGGCCAGUCUAACCUCCCUGUGGCCUGGGACAUCCAAGAUGUUUUUGUUAGAAGAAAGUAAGGUCCUUCGUGGGGCAUACCAGGAGAGGCGGUCCCGUAGGUACGAGGGUCCUAGGCCGUAUAGGGCUUUAAAGGUUAAAACCAGCACCUUAAACCUGAUCCUGUACUUCACCGGGAGCCAGUGCAGCUGGUAUAGCACUGGGUGAAUGUGAUCCUGCGGCGAGGACCCCAUAAGGAGUCUCGCUGCGGCAUUCUGCACCCGCUGGAGUUUCUGGGUCAGUCUCAAGGGCAGCCCCACGUAGAGUGAGUUACAAUAAUCAAGCCUGGAGGUGACCGUCGCGUGGAUCACAGUAAAGGGGGAAAGGCAUUCAACAGUGUCUUGGGCCAACACUACCAUUAAUAUAUUUACUGAAUAGAUAUGCAGCACAUCGUUAUGUAGAUGGUCACCAAUAUGGAUGGCUUUAAAAGAGGACUCGACAAAUUUAUGGAGGAUACAGCUCAUAAUGGCUACUAACUAUGCUAGCACUGAUUCUGAAUACCUGUUUCUGGAAGCCGCAGACGAGGAGAGGGCUCCUGUGCUCAGGUCCUCUUGCCAGUUUCCCACAGGUAUCUGGUUGGCUGCUGUGAGAACAGGAUGCUAGACUAAAUGGGCCAUUCACCUGGUCCAGUAGGCUCUUCCUAUGUUCUUAAUGUUAUGUACUGAAGUUCUCACCCUGGGCCAGCAGGGGGAUACUGUAGAUAGUUCAGGUCCACAUAUGCAAAUAAGGGAUCGAAAGUGACGUUCAGUGAUUGGAUAGUUACAGAAAAUGGUUACUGUUGCAUUCUGGUGGAGCUCUAUAUAAGCAGGUUGGCUGAACCCUUCAGUUCAGUUCUGUUCUGGCCUGUGAAUAAACAAGAGCUGUUUGAAGAAUCGCUGUGUCGUCUGAUAUGUUCACCCACAACUUAACACUUAACACAUUACAAAAUCAGUUAUUCCAUAGCUUUUCACAUUUUAAACCCCUAACUAAUCAUAUAUAGCACAUGUAUAGCUUUCCAUAGCUAUAACGUGAAACUGAACCAUUGGUACAAUUCGGUGCUGAAAUUCCUCUGCUUGUAAUUGUGGUAGCUUGUGCAAAAUUAUUAUAAUGUGGCAGCUUCAAAGCAGGACUCUGUGUUCCAGAAAAGAGACAGGUUUCCACCUAAAGGUGGACUGCAAAUCACUAUGCCCCCAUUUUAUAUAUAGCAAGCCUAAUAAGUCCCGUUAAUUGACUGAAGCUCUUUAUUCCCACAGGAGAAACUGAAACUGUGCCAGUGAUUAACCCUGCAACACAGCUUGCCCAGGUAAAAAUGAGCAACUUGCUCUGAAUAAUCCCAAACAUUUAAGGAAUUAGCGAGGCUUUUGAUAACUCUAUGUAAAAAAUCAUAACACAUCAGACUAGCCAAACAGAGACUUGGUUUAAAACCUUAAUGCUAUUAAUAGCUCCCCAAAAUAUCUGACAUUGAAAAGGCACUUCAACAGAUGCUCUGAUACUUAACCCUUCUUCAAUUUGGGGUUAAAUAACCCGGAAUAAAUAUUACAUUCUGGUUUUGUUUUCAUGAAGUCUUAGGCCACAUUUUCAUUUUACAUUUAAAGCAGUAUCAUAUCACUUCAAACAGUCAUGCCUUCCCUGCAAGGAAUCCUGGCAACUGUAGUUUGUUAAGAGUGCAGAGAGUUAGACAUAGAUAAGUGGGAGUCAUUAAUCCUUACCCUUUGGGGAAAGCUGAAUGCUCUCAAAAUUAAUAUUAUUCCCCGAUUUAUCUAUAUUCUGAGAGGACUUCCAGAUUUUAUAUCCGGAUCAUACUUCCAAAAGAUAAACUCCCUGUUUAGGAAAUGCCUCUGGGGCUCAAAAAUACAGAGAAUAUCCCCCUCUCCCCAACCUGUUCCAUAUUUUGCCCGACCAAAGGUGGCAACCCUAGCUUCCAAAGACCCCUGUGGUAAAAAAUGGUCAUUGGGCAUCACUGUGAUGUCAUUUGAUUGACAGGUGGGCAGCUCCACCCACCCAGCAAACAUGGCCCACAUGGGGUGGGUUAGAUAAUAAUCUGACCCCACCCCCUGGGCUAAAGAAGUUCUCUACCCCCGAUGCAAGAGCAGGUGUCUGCUGUGUUUGGCUUGGUAGGUCACAAGAGGUGCAGGCCUGAUCAAGAUCUAAGGAGAUCUCUAUUAGCAUUUGCAGAUUACAGGGGUGGUGGUGGGAAUGGUUCUCUUUCUGGUCCUCAUAAACUUGGAAACAUGGAGCCAGGUUCUUUAAGGUAUUCAUUUGGAAGGAACGUGCUAUGAAUGUUCAAGGAUCAGGGCUUCCUCAAUAGGGGACAUUGUCAAUGCUUUAUUUAUUGGUCUAGGAACAGAUAUAGUCUGCCUGUAUGUUUAAAAAGCAAACAGGAUUCCGUCCAAUAAAAGAACAAAAUAAAAGCAAUAAGGGGAAACGUAAUAAUAUUGCUUGUCAGUAAGAGCUUAUUUCAUAAUACUGCUGUUUAUUUAAACAUAUAGGCAGCGUACAAAAAUUAAAGACUGAAGCAGGUCCUGCAUGCAGAAUUGCAUCUAAAGGUAGAGACAAGGCACAUUGUGGAGGACAGGAAAGGAAUAAGGGAAAGAGGCUAAUUUGGGAAGAGGCAGGAUGAACCAGUGUGGCUUGAACGUAAUGCCCCUGUUCUCUUUCCACUGACUUCUCAGUGCCUGCUGAAAGAGACGACUUCCUCAUCCAACAAGCCUUUUAAGUAGAGGUCUUUUCCAGACUACAUCUGUUUUGGAGCUGUUUUUAAGAUGCUUUCACGGUUUUAAAACAUGUAAUGAUUUCUUUUGUGUGUUUGUCACCUGGGUCCCCUGUGGGAGAAAUGUAAUAAAGAAUAAAUAAAAAACAGUGAGUAAAAUCAGGGUGGAAGGGUAUUCAAGUGUCAGGAGAAAGAGACACAGGUAGGGAGCAGAGAGGUUAAAUCUGAGGUUAAAGUGGAAGAUUGGCAUUUAUAAUAAAAGAAAAAAGGGUUGGGGGUGGAGACUAUAAGCUCAGUGGUAAUAAGGCAUCUGCUUUGCUUGCAAAAGGUCUCUGGUUCAGUCCUGAAACCCUGGAGAGUUGCUGCCAGUCAAUAUAGACAGUAUGGAGUUAGAUGGGCAAAUAUUCUAUAAAGCAGUUUUAUUUGUUCUUAUGUAAUCCAUCUCUGCAGCAUUAGCGAUGAUCAUAAAUUCUGGUUCAUUUAGUUGCAGGCUCUGGCUUCUGAACUGAAAACCGGUUUCACCGAAGCAAUGCAGGAACUAUCAAGGAUCCAGCAUGGAGAGUAUGCUCUUGAGGAGAAGGUCCAAAGCUGCCGCUGUGCCAUGGAGGAGAAAGUGGCAGAGAUGAAGAACUCUCUUAAUUGUUUCAAGGUAGGCCGUGUCCAUUGACAACCAGCCCCUUUUUCAAGGGAGGGGAUUAGGCCUGCUUGAAGCAGAGAAAGACGUCUAGCACAUCUAGAUGUCUAGCACAUGUAGAAUGCAGAAAUACUGGCUGCAGUAAAUUACCAUAUUUUUUGCUCUAUAAGACUCACUUUUUCCCUCCUAAAAAGUAAGGGGAAAUGUGUGUGUGUCUUAUGGAGCGAAUGCAGGCUGCGCAGCUAUCCCAGAAGCCAGAACAGCAAGAGGGAUCACUGCUUUCGCUGCGCAGCGAUUCCUCUUAUUGUUCUGGCUUCUGAGAUUCAGAAUAUUUUUUUUCUUGUUUUCCUCCUCCAAAAACUAGGUGCGUCUUAUGGUCUGGUGCCUCUUAUAGAGCGAAAAAUAUGGUAAUUACUGCCAGGCAUAUUCCCCAAUGUAUUCUGAACAUAUUAAGUUCUUGUUGGCAUCCAUCCGUCUCGAGAGACAAUGGAGUGUUCCUUCUGGGCGGGGGGUGAAGUCAAACCACAGUGUCAACAUCACCAAAAUGACCUUCAGUGCAAGUCUGGGGGUGCAAGCCUGGGUGGUGUUUAUGGAGAUCCUGGACUGCCCAGAUGAUGACCCCCCCCCACCUCCAGCCUCACUGAUGUGGUCCAGAGGAAAGCAGAGUAAUAUGCUUGGCACCAGCUUAGCUGCAGAAGUUUCCAGAAAGAGGUGUACAAGACGCCAUCCAACUAUUUUAGGGACUCCACUCUGGAUUUGUGUAGGGUUUCCUCCAUGGGUAGGCAAACUAAGGUCUGGGGGCCGGAUCCGGCCCAAUCGCCUUCUAAAUCUGGUCUGGUCCGGGAAUCAGUGUGUUUUUACAUGAGUAGAAUGUGUCCUUUUAUUUAAAAUGCAUCUCUGGGUUAUUUGUGGGGCAUAGGAAUUCAUUCAUUUUCCCCCUCCAAAAUAUAGUCCAGCCCCCCACAAGGUCUGAGGGACAGUGGACCGGCCCCCUGCUGAAAAGGUUUGCUGACUCCUGGUUACUCCUUAGCCUUUUCUUCUCCUGAAGAUAUCCCACAAGGCAGUGGAGGGUCAGAGUUUUUCUUCUCCUUGAUGGGCUACCUUCCCAGGUUGAUGAGCCCCAUCUGCCUCUAUUUGGGGGUAAUCAGCACAUGAGAGCAGCAAUCUAGUCUGAUUUUGUUCCCUUGUGUUAUUCCAGAUUAGUAUUACCAAGGUGCUAUACCUCACUGUUAUAAACCUUGACUCCUAAAUCCUUGUCCUUCGUGAGACUGGGCAAAGCGGAAGUCUCAUGCAGGGCAAUAGAAGAAACAAGCUGCAAGCUAGCUGCCCUCUGUAAUUUUAAACUUGCCCUCACUCUUUAUGAGGUGAAAGGACUCCAGAUACAUGCAAACAACUCUUUUUGUACUUAAGUACCACAGGCACACUGUUCUGUUUGGCCAUUCAUUAGCCUCAGUGAGAAUAACAGCACUUUUUCAAAAAACAACAACAACAAUACUGUACCUUCUGGUAAAUCAAUCAAUCAAUCAAUCAAUCAAUCCAUCCAUCCAUAGUUGUUUGCAUUUCAUAAGGUUAGGAUGUUGCACCCCAAUUCUGCACAUGCACUUGUAUGCUCAAGAUGCUUCAGGAAGAGAUCUACUGUUCUUAACAUAUGUUGCUAUCAUUUGUCUUUUUAAUCAGGAUGAGCUCAGUGAUGCCAAGUCCAUGAUUGAGGAAAUCAGUGCCAAACAGGAGGAAAUGCAGCAGAAGAUUGAACAGCUGCAGCAGGAGAAGCGGAAAGAAUCUCGCAAGCUCAAAGCAAAGUAAGUGAUUGUAGACGAAACCUUCUUCAAAUCCCUGUGUAACUUCAUAGCACUGGUUCUCUCCCCUCCCCUCCGUGCUGCAGGGUAGAUUUUUUGGAGUGCAUCAGCUCCUCCUGGCAGUCCCCCAAGUCAUACCCCUCAGAAAGUCCAGUUUAUUCAGGUCAACUGACAGUAAUAGAAUAGAUGUUUCUAUAAUAAAUUCAAGUUGUAAAAUGCAUUGGGCUUUAGCAAAAGAUCUUCAACCAGCAGAAACACAACAUUCAGCUUUUAAUUAGAAAUGCAAACAGUCUUGCAAAGAGGUAUUAUAACUAAAACUGGUAGCAUGAAGUAGUAGCCCCAGCCAAGAAAAGAAAAGAAGUACCAAGGCUCUUCUUGAUUAUUUUCCUUAUUUUCUUACCUCCCUUAUGCUAAUGUGUCAGAAACAAGCUGUGCUCUGCUCUUGUUAUGCUUUCCCCUCUUCAUGACCUACUCAUAGAAUUCUAGUUUCAAUAUACUACAUAAGAUUGUGACAGUGUGUUUGAAACAAGAGAUAUCUUAUUUGUUUUUACAUUUAACUUUUGUAAAUUCUUAUACCUUAAAACAAAUGUGUGUCUCCCAAGUGUAUGCUCUGGUAGUCUUGCUUUUAUUUUUGCCUCAGAAGAAUACAGAAGGAGGAGCAUGGGUCACAAACAGUCCCUACACCUCUACAAGGAAGUCCCUUUCGAUCACUAAACCUUCCGGAGCCAGUUUUGAUUAAUGAAGAUUUUGUAAAGCUGUUGCAUAACGCAACGUACGAGAAAGGUAGUUAUUUUGUUUGAUCGACCCUACCCUACCCUAUCCUGUAUGCUCAAGGCAGUUUACAAUAUUUUAACACCUCCUCCUCCCUCUCCCCACCUGAGAUUUUCACUUUCAUGAGAUCCUACCUUGCCAUUCAGCAGGUAAAGGCGUCUUCCUCAGAUGGUGCAGGGCCCAGAAUGGUUUUUCCCAUUUACAAAUGUUUCUGUGGGGCCAAAGGUUUAGCAGCUCCGGCUAUUGUGCUAUAACUCCCUUUCAUUAAAAUGAGAAACAGAGACAGAAAUGUUAGGGAUAAUUAAGGAGUCCAUUGUGUUAGGGGUAAUUAAGGAAAAACUAAAAAUGGGGUUAUAAAGGGACACCCAUCUCAUGGGAUGGGUUACAGUGAAUGGCUACUGAGCUGCAAAUGCGGCUGCAUCAUUCCCACUGAUUGGACAGAAAAUACCAGGUUGUACACAGAAAAGGGACAAUAUAUUGUUGUUUAUAAGGGAAAGACAAUGAUUCAGAAGCGGCAGGAAUGACCCUCCUGGAAGCAGCACGGAAACCUCUGUAAAAUUUGAGCAAACACAUUAUGUAAAAAGAAAAAAAUCCUGAGGAAAAAUGGCUUAUUUGGAAGCAACCACAGAUCAUAGGCUCAUAGAAAAAUAGAGUUGGAAGGGACCACAAGGGUCAUUAAGUCCAACCCCCUGCAAUGCAGAAAUCUCUUUGCCCAAUGUGGGGUUUGAACCCACGACCCUAAGAUUAAGAGUCUCAUGCUCUACUGACUGAGCUAUCAGUCAGAUGGAUAGACUACAUUAAAAAAAACAACACCCUCCCCCCCUCCCCCCACAGUACCUUAAAUUUUUAAAAAACUAGACACCCUCAAAGCACUUUCCUCCAUGUUUAACUUUAAAUCUCUAGGUGAAGCUUGCUUUACUCAUCUUCCUUUACAAAUAACUAAAAUUUCUCCUGUUCUCGCUUAGUCUCUGACUGCAGGCCCAUGGGACUAGGAGAAGGCAGCAUGAAAGGUUGGUGCAAUUGGAGGGGUGGUUUUUGUUGUUAAUCAAUUUCUGCUCCCAAAUAUUCCCUGUUUGGCAGAUAUUCCUAACCAGCAAGUGGUACUUGAGGAGGGAGCACAGCAUUCUCCAGAAUGGGGGCACAGGGCAGUGGUGAGGUUGGGGGAGUGCUGGGUUGGCAUCACCAGUAUGCUGCAGGUGCAUACACAACACCUGCAGGGGAGCAACUCUGCCCAUCCAGAGCUCCCCUGACCUUGCCAUCGCCCUGCCCUGCCCUCUCCCUGUCCUGGUGAAUGCAAUGCAGCUGCCAGAAGGCCACCCUGCUGCUCCGUUGUUACCGAUUAUUAAGAGACAUGUAAUGACAAGGUGAUUUCAAAGGGUCCUUUAUUGACUUGUGGAACUCACUACCACAAGAUGUGGCAGUGGAGCUCUAGAACCAUUCACCAUAUUCACCAUAUUCCUUUCAUACUGCAUCAUGGUGUGGUACGCUGGUUUGACAUCAGCUGAUAGGAAGUGCCUACAGAGGGUGGUGAAUACAGCACAAGAUAUUAUGGGCUGUCCCGUGAAUCUGCUGGAUGAAAUAGCGGAAGAACGUUGCCUCAGGAGCGUGAGGAAAAUUCUCAGGGAUGACUCACACCUUGGCUGGCACUUGAUCUCCUGUCCUCAGGCAGAAGAUAUAGAAGCAUGAUUAGUCGCACCAACAGGGUAAAGAACAGCUUCUAUUCAUGGGCUGUUAGGCUGCUGAAUGAAAAGAUAACAACAGGGCAACUGACUUUCGGGUUUGGUGGGUGUGCGUCAUUAACGAGGGGAAUUAAGACUAAGAGAGCUGAGUGGGGGGGGGGUGCCUGUGUAAUCUCACUGUAUACAAGUUGUACAAGUGACAAUAAAGUAUUUCAAUUUCAAUUUCAUAUGUCCUCCUGCUCUCGUUCCUAAGCUACGUCCAGAUUGCUCCUUUCUCUUUUAAGCUCUUCUGGUACACAUAAGAACACAAGAAGAGCUUUGCUGGAUUAGACCAAAGGUCCAGCAUCCUGUCUCUUAUGUCGGACAACCAGAUGUCCAUUGGAAAGCCCGUAAGCAGGACAAGAGUGCAACAGCGCCCUCCCCACUUUUGAUUCCCCCCAGCUGGUAUACCAGAGUCAUUCGGCCUCCAACAAUGGAGGGGAGAGCAUGACUAGUCACCAUUUUGCUCCGAUUGAGCCCACUGGUUUCAGAGCCAUCACACAGCAGUCCAGCGUCCUUCGCUAUGGGUUUUUGACCAGCCUGAUGGGCCAAGUGGCCAUUAAGGACGCGCCUGUUGGUCCUGCUGACCACCUGUUCUAAUUCCUAGGGUUAACCGGUACAAAUCUGGAGACGGAAGAGAACCUCAGAACUUCCUCGUCUGCUGAUGCUCAGCCAAAGGGCCAGUCAUCAUCCACAGUGUGGAAGCAGCCCAAGGACAGUAAAGACUGGGCUGGCGAACAUAUUUCAAAGGACCAGAGUGACAGGCAGAAGGAACUAGGUCCCAGUAGCUAUAGCUCAAUGGAGAAUGCGCUGCGGGAACCGUCUAUUGCAGGUGAGAAUAAAGGUAGUGGCUAGAAAGCAAAAAGGCUAUAGAGGAGGGACAAGGAACCUGUGGCCCCCCUUCAUUGCUAGACUACAAAACUCCUACCAGCCCAACAAUAUCUGUUGGAGCACUGGUGAGCUACCCCUAGUCUAGAUACUAUUGAGGAAUUUGAAUAAAUCAUUGCUGUAAUCUAUAGAGCAGGAUUUGAAAUGGCUAAUCCUUGCAGUAGCUUCUGAACUCAGGGUUCAUUUGAAAUCUAGCCUAAUGGCUCCUGACUUCUUACGGUGCUACCAAGCUGGUGGUACUUCAGUGCAAGAAGCAGUGAAAACGUUACUCUGCAGUCACAUUCCUUUGGAAUUAUUUCCCUCUUUCUGAGCAUUAUCGCAAAGGCAAAUUCCAGCCAGGCAAAAGCAGUCAAGGAGGGUGAAGAGCAGGGCUGAGGAGGGGCCUGGUGUGGGCAUAGUCAGCCUGGAAGCCUACAUUUGGCCCCUGAGUCACUGAUAAAGGAAUUAGGUCUUCGUUUUCUGCUUGCUCGAUUUUUUCUUCUUGGAAUGACACCUUUUCUAGAUACGAGUGCAUAAUCACAAUAAUUAAUAACCCGUUUGAAACACCAAAUCAUUUUCACCUUGUUUCUCCAAAGCUAAAAGGCAGAAUAUCGCUUUGGACUUACUUGAGUCAGAAAGGAAGUAUGUUGUGAACCUCACCCAGGUCCUCAAAAUUAAAGCCACGUUGUAUGGGCAGGACGUGAAAAGGAACUCCAAGGAUAGAAGGUAUUUACUAAUUGUACUUACUGUCGGGCAACAAUGCUUUUCUUUAAACGUGCUGGCUGCUGUUUUGGAUCCCUGCUGCCCUUUCCUCUUUCCAUCCUUCCCUCUCCAUUCAACUUUGUUCUUGCCUUCCUAAGCCAGGCAUCCAUUUGCUGCUUUACCUGGUCAUGUUCUCUUUUUGAUAAUGGAGCGCCCUUUGUCCUCUCCAGACAGAGAUCAUCUCCAGCUGCUUAGCAGGCAUUGUCUCCAGUGGCUUCAGGUGGCUGAAAACACUCCCAUCUUGCCCUAGGAGCUGCUCAACAGCCACUACCAAACUUGUCCUGCUCAGGUCCAUUGUGACCACUAUUAGACCCACAGUUGAGGGUGAAACAGCCACCAUGAGUUAUGACACACAUACCUGAGGGGAAGUCAUUCCACUGCAGAAACGUGGAGAAAAUCAGAACCUUAAAAGGACUGAAAUGGACAAAUUUAUCCAUCCCUAGUCAGAUCUAAUCUGGAAUAGUUGUUGUUUUUCUGCUGAAGGUCUAAUAAUAAUAAUAAUAAUUAAUAAUAAUUUAUUUAUACCCAGCCCUCCCCGGCCAGAGCCAGGCUCAGGGCAGCUAACACCAAUAAAAUCACAGUAAAAACAUAAUGGGGGGAAAGGGGGGGACACCAAUUUAAAAUACAGGUUAAAAUGCGAUCUAAAUGCAGCCUCAUUUUAAAGUAGCCGAUAAAUCAAGACCAUAAGGGGAGGGAAACAUAAGGGUCAGACUGAGUCCAAACCAAAGGCCAGGUGGAACAGCUGUGUCUUGCAGGCCCUGUGGAAAGAUGUCAAGUCCCGCAGGGCCCUAGUCUCUUGUGGCAGAGCGUUCCACCAGUUCAGGGCCACAGCCAAAAAAGCCCUGCCUCUGGGUUGAGGCCAGCCUAACCACCUUGCGACCUGGGACCUUCAAAAUGUUGUCAUUUGUGGACCUUAAGGUCCUCCACGGGGCAUACCAGGAAAGGCGGCCCCGCAGGUACGUGGGUCCUAGGCCGCAUAGGGCUUUAAAGGUCAAAAUCAAGAGGGUAUAGCUCAGGAAAGUGAUGUGGGGGUGGGAAGAGGAUUAAAUACCAGUGCCACUGCUUCAAUUUAAAAUAGCUGGAGGGGUCUACAACGUUGAGAGAAAACAAAAGUUGGGAGGUCCAAUCAGAUCCCCCCCCCCAACCCAACAUCAAGUCUACUUCAUUGUUAAGUCAAAAUCAGCACCUUGAAUUGUCUCUCAAAUACCUUCUCACGGCUUCGGCCAUGUGUAUAUUUAGCAGGCUGGGUAGUGUUUUUAAGUGCAUUUCUUCUGUUUGUUAAUGGCUCUUCAAAAUGCCGUUCCCGCUGUUUCCUGGCUGCAGUUUUGUCCCCAAUUCUCUUCGAUACUUGGUCCAGCAGCAUGUGGACUUACUUCAUGCUCUGCAGGAGAGAGUCUUGAGCUGGCCGCGGCAAGGAAUCCUGGGAGACAUUUUUCUCAAGCUAACCAACGAUGAGGUACAUGUGUGAGGAAAAAAUAUGGGGAGCAGGAGAGGGAUGCAUUGUUGAAGUACAGUAAUUGGGCCAUUUUGGACCAGCAGAAUGAAUUGUACAUGUAUGUCGCCCCUCCCUCAAGAACUAAGCACAUUACAUUAUCAUAUCAUAUCUAAUCUAAUCUACUUUUCCCUCAAACAAGCUUAUAACUUCAGAGCCUAAUAUUGAGGUGUCCAACAGGUCAGAGAAAUGUGGAUUCUAUAUUAUCUCUUGCAAUUGUUUUUAGAUGCUUUUUUUGUGUGUGGAGGGGGAGACAGGUUAAUAUUGAAGCAUUUCCACCUUUUGUGGAAAAGGUCCAUGAUUUUGCCUCGGGGCAUUUCGGUGCUGAAUCGCUGCCUUGGUCCGUGUUUAUCAAACAGAGUCAGGUGGAAUCAGGGGGCUCGUGUGUCUGUCACACACAUAAGGAUUCUCAAGAGAUGUUUCUUAUUUGCUUUUCAGAACGGUUUUUUGGAUUAUUAUGUUGCUUGCUUGAGAGACUUGCCUGAGUGCAUUUCGCUGAUCCAUGUGGUGAUUGUGAAGGAGGUGAGUUUGGGUGCAUCUUGAACCACUGACACAUCUGUGUGCUUUGAGCAGAUUUUUAGUCAUGUUGAUGUUGAUCCAGACCCAUACAGAGAUUCUGUAAAGAGGGUCUUCCCUCUUCACUUCUUUGCGCUGACAGGACACAUUAGUUGGAUACCAAGCUGUGAGAUUAACUGACUUAAGCGCUCUUACCCCUUGUGUUUCACUCUGGACUAUAUUUAUGCUGCCAAAUCUAUUUUAAUGUUUGUUUAUUGCAUUUUAAAUGGGUUUUAUUGUAAACUGCCUUGAGAUGUUCUUAUAAAUGGUGGUAUAUAAAAAUUUCAGUACAAAUGAUCUUUUCUUCUUUAUCUUCUCUUCCCGACAGAUUGAGGAAGAAAUUAAGUCUGAUAUUUACAUAUUCUUCUUUCAUAUUGUCCAGCGUGUUCCUGAAUACCUCCUUCAUUUACAGGUAAGAUCUAAUGAGGAUCAGUGUUAGGAAUAUAAGACGACAUCAGUUUCUUAUUCUGCUCCAGAACCAUUGCAUUGCAGUGCUGUUUCUGUUCUGCUACAGCUUGGCUUCUGACAAAAAAGCUAUGUUAACUAUGUUAUUAAUCUAAUUUCCACUUUGGCAAAUUUUACAUAAUUACGUACUUAAUUUAUUCUGCUAUCGUUAUAUAAUGCAAAGGAAGUGCAAUGAUUUUUAAAAAGAAAAUAUUCAAUUAUAUAUUGUUUGGAGACUGAACACAACAACAAUAGUGCAUGCUGAUUGUAUUUGCUGUAUUUCCAUUCUGGACAUGGGUGCAAACACCAGCAACAUAUUUCAGUUUUCAUUCAAGUUCUCCAACAUGCCUAACACUAUAAACGAUUCUAGUUACAGGUAGGUAGCCGUGUUGGUCUGCCAUAGUCAAAAAAAAUUUAAAAAAUUCCUUCUGGUAGCACCUUAGAGACCAACUAAGUUUGUUAUCUGAUAUGAACUUGUGUGCAUGCACACAAAAGCUCAUACCAAUAACAAACUUAGUUGGUCUCUAAGGUGCUACUGGAACUUUUUAAAUUUUGUUUCGAGUAUAAACGAUGAUGACAGUGAGCGCUGCACAGCAGUCUUAGAGCAGUUGUUUUUUUACUAACCAAACUUUGGGAAUAACUUCAAAGGCAACCCCACGUAGAGUGCAUUUCAGUGCUAAAAUAUUGAGGUUACCAGGGCAUGGACGAUUGUGGCCACAUUAUCUCUGUUCACAAAUGGCCACAUCUGGUGCACCAGCUGAAGCUGGUAGAAGGCACUCCCUAGUGACAAGGAUGAGUCAAUGAUUAGAACCUUCCUUUGUACGGUCAUGCAUAGGCCCUGGUGUAGAGCAUUCAGGAUGUUUCAUGCUGUUUUACUAAAUGGGCAGAGAGGAGGAUGUGAUUCAGUGUGGCUCUCCUCCUUUUGCGCCAGAAUAUCCUGAAGUACACGGAGCAGGAGCACCCCGAUUACUACCUCCUUCUGGUUAGUGUACAGCGCCUGCGAGUGUUCAUCUCGCACCACAGCCUUCUUUUCCAGUGCAACGAAGACCUGCUGAUACAGAAGCGGAAGAAGCUGAGAAAGUGAGUGAAAAGGGGCUGCUUCCUUCUAUUUUGAUUAGGUACAGGCAAAGAAGAGCCAAGUUCUGCUGUAAGAAAAGUUGGAGUAUGUGUCCACCCUCCUUCCCUGAUCAUUUAUCCCUCAGCUAUGGAUCACUUCUGGUGUGGAGUCCAGGGGUGUAUGUGAGAGAGAGAGAUUGAGAGAUGUCAGAAAUGGCCUGGAUGGGUGGGACCACGUGAAGAGAAUGGUUGGACCUUGUUUCCGCUCAUUCUCCCUUGCAACUGCUCCUCCUUGCAUGAUCACGAUGUGCGAAUCACAGGCUUGGGAACAGAGAAGUUCAUCAGCCAGUGACACUUUCUGUCCCUGUUUAUUCCUUGAGGAACACAUGGCCUAUGACUUUCAGAACAAACUUUCAACACCAGAAUGAGUCUGUUCCUUGAAGUUGCUUCUUGCGCCUUUCUCAGUGCCUUAAAAGCUGUUUUAAGCACAAAUCUAGCUUUUCAUUAACUUCUAUGCAACAGGUGGAGGUUUGUUUGUUUGUUGUUGUUUUGGCCACCCUCAGAAAGCAGUAUAUUUCUUCAGCUUGAAACAUAUACUCAUAUAGGAGGUAUAAUACACUGCUGAAGUGUUGUAUGGAAUUUGGCUCACGAUUAUGACCCUUUGAAAUGGACUGAGGGAGCAGCUAAUUAACUACCUGUCAGCUGUUCAAUCCUUUAAAGCCACGUAUACACUGAAGUUCUGUGAAAGUUUUAAAGUCUUUCUGUAUUGUAAGUAAAGAUGUGCAUAAAAUGCAAACAAUUUAUUUCCUAAAGUGAAUUGUCAGCCCUAGUGCUUCAGAUUUUUGGCUUUUUAAAAAUGUAACUCCAUAGCCAUGAGGCCUAGGAACAUGUUUCUAAUCAGUCAAUGAAAAAUUAAGUUCUCACAAGCUGAAUGUGUGCCCCAAACCAAAUUUGUGGUAUUACAUCACAAAGCUGUAGAAACAAUACAGCACUAGUAUGAAUGUAAUGAUCCAGUGCUGCAAUGAACGUGGGAAUAACAGGCUGCCAUUUGUAAAAGCUGGUCCUCAUGGUUUGACUGAUGGUGGUAUUAUAUCUUGAUUCCACUAGAUCUUCCUUCGGAAAGUUAUACAAAGGUCUAGCUUCUCUAUGCGCCAGCGCUGGCCAAGAUGCGUCUCCAACGCUUAGCGCUACUUCCAUCCGCGACAGUGGAAUCCACUCUGAAGAGGCCAUGCAACUGUUCCCAUCAGCCCCGACUUCUGGAACAACGGCCAUGUGAGUGCAAUGCUCUUUGAAUUAUUACACUUAUAUCCCACCUUUCCUUCAAGGAGCUCGUGGUGGUGGUGGUGCAUGGUUCCCCCUCCCCAUAUAUUAUCCUUAGAUUUGGCUGAGAUUCUGCAAAUGGCCCAAGAAGGGAUUUGAACCCAGGUUUCCCACAGUCCUAGCCCAACACUGUUGGUCGCUACACCACACUGGCUCACAGAGCAUUACAGCAGCAUCUGAGUGACCCUACUGCAGGAUGAGAAGGUUCCAUGGCAGAAUUACUGUACUGGCGCUUCCUAAGCCCAGCCGGCUCACUGUGCUGGCUGUGUGUGGGGCAGCUUUUUGCUCCAGGCCUUUUGCUUCUUUCCUUCCAUUCCCUUUCCCAUUGCAGUCAGUACACCAGGGCUGGAAUAAUUGAGGGUGCAUUUUGCAAGGGAGGAAGAACCAGAGGGCUUUGGAUCCUAAAGAUUCUCCACUGCCCUUAACAACUGCUGGCCAGACAACCAUUGCCUGUGGCUGUGGGUCUUUCAGUGAGUGAAGUAGGGUAACCGUGACAGCGUAAGUUCCCUUCCUCCGCAGCUGUGGAAGGGCACUUAUCCGGUUCCCUCAAUUGGCUGUUGGUCACUUUUAGGACUCCUUUAUUGUUUUACUUCACAUAAUUUCAGCAGAAUUGUAUGUAUUUAAUGAUUACUGCAUCCACUUCUCUUCGUAGCUGUAAUAGCUCAGACUGAGGUAGGCACCUAUCCAAAACUAUUCAUAAAAGGGUUUUUUUUGGGGGGGAGGUUUGUUCCCCUGAUGUGAGGUGCCGAAGGCUGGCAGAGUGCAAGGGAGGUUUAGUCUGGCAGUGCUGAGACGCGCUUUGAAUAGAGCCAGAUUAAGGAUGGACUUGAGAGUAGAUGCACUGAAAUCAAAGGGUCUGCUCUGAGGAUGACUAACAUUGGCACUCACCCAUAACAUUGAAGACCAGAAUGUUGAGGUUCUUGCUUAGUUAUCUGUAAACCACUUGACGACUAGGGUGCUCCCAUAUUGUUCUAUGUUGCUUGCAAACUGCUGCGACAUGUCUUUCAUGAUGCAGCGAAGUAUAUAAAAUAGGGCAAGCUCUCGACCCCAAAACUGGGGCUACCUGGUGUGUUUCCAGUCCAAACUUUCCUCAACAGCUCAUGUUUGGUCUAGGGCUGGAUUUAGAUUUGAUGAGGCCCUAAGCUACUGAAGGUAAUGGGGCCCUUUAUAUGUCCAGCUGUCCUUUGCCAACAACAAAUUGUUGCUGUUUUUUGUGUUGAAUAUAUGCUAUAUGGUAAUUUAUGGACCUAAUAGAUAUCUAAAGCCAUUUGCACGUGUUGCCAUGCAACCAGUCCAUGAGGAGUGUAGGCACCCUAUAUAUAGAAAUGAGCAAACCAGUGAUAUUUUAGGGAGCUGGCUAGCAGGCGGGGCCCAUUACUUACAUCAUAGGAGUCUACACAAUACAAAACACUGUUGCUGUAUGUAGGUUUUACAGUCAUACCUCGGGUUUAAGUCGCUUCAGGUUAAGCCUUUUUGGGUUGCGCUCCGCGGCAACCUGGAACUAAUGGAGCGCGUUACUUCCAGGUUUCGCCGCUCGCGCAUGCGCAGACGCUCAAAAUGCCGUCCCGUGCAUGCGCGGAAGCGGUGAAUCGCGACCUGCGCACGUGAUGUGUGUUGUGUUCGCUUCAGGAUGCAAACGGGGCUCCGGAACAGAUCCCGUUCACAUCCAGAUGUACCACUGUAUUUUAUCUUAUAUUUUGGAAAUUGUUGUUGUUUUUUCCUUUCAUUUUUUGGGGCACCCCCAAGAGUAUGGGGCCCUAAGCUACAGCUUGUUUAGCUUAUACCUAAAUCCGACACUGGUUUGGUCUCCCUUCCAAGGCACUCGAGGUCCCACAUGAAAGCGAGCCCCCAACAAGGCUUGGAGGGCCUGCAAGGCGCUUCCCCUUGCGAGUGGGAAACGGACGGGCGGCGGCCCGAGCACGGCCUGGCGCCCUCUCAGCUCAGCGAGCACGACCUGAAAGCUCUGGCCGCCUCCCUGCACGCCCUCCCGGACCUGGAGUACGGCGGCAGCAGCGCCCCUCCCUCGACCGGCCCCGACGGCAACCGCGAGCGGCCCCGUCGGCGGGCCUCGGCGGCGGACCUCCUGCAGGACAGCUCCGGCUUCGCGCCGGACUACGAGGGCUUCGAGUACCGAGGCGACCCUUACGAGGAGGUGGAGCCGCUGCGGAACCUGCCCGCCUUCGAGGCGUGCUCGCCGGCCUCGUCCGAGUCCAGCAUCGACAUCUGCUUCCUGAGGCCCGUCCACUUCACCAGCGAGCCCGGCAGGACGGAGCGCACGCUGCAGCCGCUGCCCAAGAGCGCGGCGCCGGCGGCGGCCAGCGGCACCUACAAGCGCGAGGUUUUCCGCAGCAAAGGCAAGCAGCUGAGCCGCUCGCUCAAGGAGUUCCCGCGCAGCAGCGGCGGCGGAGGCGGCGGCUCCGAAGGCAUCGCCAGCACCAGGCUGUACAGCACCCGCAGCAGCAGCGGCAGCCGCCUGCCGGCCCCGACGGAGAGGGGCUUCCCGGCCCACGGCGCCCCCUCCGCCGCCUCCCGGAGCUCCCAGCGGCACCACUUCCCGCCGCCGAGAGGAGCGGGCGACCAGCCCAGCUUUCUGGAAGUAAGGAGAGCAAAAGGCAAGGGCAAAGGCGCUUCCUAGCCAGGGUCUAAGCGACGGGGGAGGAGGAGGAGGAGCGAGGGCGGGCCCUGGGUGUCCCCCGAGUUCCCACAAAAUUCAUGAAAAUUCAAAUUUCGAUGCCAGGGCCAGGCACGCUGUAUGGCACCCAUGGCCCCGGGCUCCCACCGUUGUGGGGCCAAGCUGGCACACUUGAGUGCGGGGGUUAGACCAUAGCUGUCAAUAGUUCCCUUUUUUAAAGGGAAAUUCCCGUAUUCCAAAUAGGAUUCCUCGCAAGAAAAGGGAAAAGUUGACAGCUAUGGGUUAGACCUGUGACCUGAAGGUCCCCUAUCAUUAUCAUUAUUGUUAAGUUGUGGGUGAACAUAUCAGACGACACAGCAAUUCUUCAAACAGCUCUUGUUUAUUCAGAGGCCAGAACAGAACUGAACCAAAGGGUUCAGUCAGCCUGCUUAUACAACGCAACUGUAACACUUUCUGUAACUAUCCAAUCCCUGAACGUCACUUUCAAUCCCUUAUUUGCAUAUGUGGACCUGAGUGAAAACUAUCUACAGUAUCCCCCUGCUGGCCCAGGGUGGGAACUUCAGUACAUAACAAUUAUCAUUAAUUAAUGCCCCACCUUUUUCCCUGAAAGGCAGCUUAACAUACCCUCCAACAGUUCUCCAAUGAAAAUAGGGUUAUCCUAUUUAAUAAUAAUAAUAAUGAUGAUGAUAAUUUUAUUAUUUAUACGCUGUCCAACAGACUGGGAUGCCCUAGCUACUCUGGGCAGCUUCCAACAUAUAUAAAAAAAUAAACAUUCAAAAACUUCGCGAUACUGUACAGAGCUGCUUUCAGAUGUCUUCCAAAGGUUGGCACUGGGGUCGCAUAGCUCUGCUUCGAAAACUCCAAUGCAGGAGAGUCCACCAAAGUAUUAGAGAUAUUUGAUGCAGGUGGAUUUCUCGGUGUAUGUUUUAUUUAAACUGUUACAUUUGAAGUCAGGGUUGAAAAGCUGAAAAAAAUACAAAUCUCAGCAGCCCACUUUCUUACUGUGAACAAAAUGUGAACAUAGAGCAGGCUGCCCCACAGCAUACAUUACCCCAUAGUGUAGCCUACUUUGAAUCAUAGCUGUCAACCUUCCCUUUUUUUUUGCGGGAAAUUCCCUUAUUCCAGCGCAGUUUCCCGCUGCUAUCCUGGAUUGUUAAAUAUCCUCCCGGGACAGGUGAGGCUGCUGAUCCCUUCUUUUCAGAUCUGAAAGUUGACAGCUAUGCUUUGAAUCCCCAGUCCAAUUGGAGCCAUUGUGGUGCAAAACUGUCUCUGGUUACAUAGCCGUGCCUUUGGGGCCAUGUUUGAGUUGUGACAUACUGAAUGCAGACACUGACUUUUAGGUACUAUAUAAAUAGCUCUGGAGUGAAGCAGUCUCUCAGCAUCCAGUUUUCAUGAAACAGUUAGUGCCUGCAUCCCUGUAGUUGUCGAGGCGAAUGGAAGUACCAAUUCGCAUGGGGAAAAGAAAGGGAGCGGUUGUAAGAAAUACAUGAAACUUUUUUGAAGCACUCCAUGCAAAACAGACCUGAAAAUAGGGACAAGUGUGCAAAGGCAAGGAUGCCUUUGUCAUUCUACUUUUAGGCACAGGGGCUUGUAAACAAGGGUUUGUUAUAUCUGUAUUUGUUUAAUGCCAUUUAUAAUUUUUGCAGGACAACUUUGUGAAAUUCUUGUUUUUUUCAUUUCAGGAGAUGCAUUUAGAAGACAACACCAGAUUUUCUCAUAGGGAUGACAAUGAGCAAACCUCUUUCAGCAGCCACACUCCAAGGCAAGAACAGAAAGGGAGAUUGCGCAGUUCCUUCCGCAAGCUGUUCAAAAAGAAAUGAAACAGACAUCUGAUUUUAAAAUUAGCUUAUUUUAAAAUUAAGACACCAGCCUUUUGGCACUUGAAAAGAAGAAACAACCAACUCCUGAAUUUUUUAGGAACUAGUAUUUUAUCCUGACUUGGGGGGGUCACAAGCUUACCGUAUUUUUCCGUCUAUAAGACGCCCCCAUGUAUAAGACAUCCCCUAUUUUGGGGGACUCAGACUUAAGAAAAUGGCCCCAGCACUAUCCGUGUAUAAGAUGCCCCCUAAUUUUUGACAUAAUUUAUUAGGGGGAAAACCUAGUCUUAUACACUGGAAAAUACGGUAUUUUGCCACUCACGCAACUGUUAACUUAUUGCUGCCAUCAAGCAAUAAGGGCCUCGCAGUUAUGGAAGAUUGUAGUAUGAUGUCAUUGAUGUAUAUGUCACAAUAUUUCUGAAUCUCUUAUCAGGACAUUCUACGUACAAAGUCCAGACGUGUGCUAUUUCACUUUUGCUACAUGUUUAUUAUAAUUAGGCAGGAUAUAAGGGCUGUACAGUGGUACCUUGGUUCUCAAACUUAAUCCGUUCCGGAAGUCCGUUCCAAAACCAAGGCACGCUUUCCUAUAGAAAGUAAUGAAAAAUGGAUCAAUCCAUACCAGACUUUUAAAAACAAACCCUAAAACAGCAAUUUAACAUGAAUUUUACUAUCUAACAAGACCAUUGAUCUAGAAAAUGAAAGCAAUAUGUACUGUACUAAAAUAAAUAAAACAGUAUUGUAGAGGAUAAAAAUUAAAAUUAAUUUUUUUCUUAACUGCAUUGAGGAUAGUCAUUGUUUGUAUUGCUUUUAUCCAUUUCUGCAGUCACACAAUCAAUCAAUCAAUCAAUCAAUCAGUCAGUCAGUAGCUGAACUGGGUUCCACACAGUGACAAAAACAAAUUAACCGAACAAGCCUCAAAAACAAAAACGCAAAAGAAAUAGCAAAAACAAAAGCGCCAAACUUAAUCCAUUCCAGAAGUCCGUUUGACUUCCAAAAUGUUCAAAACCAAGGCACAGCUUCUGAUUGGUGCAGGUGCCCCUGAAACAAUAGCCAACAACUGCAUUGGAUGUUUGACUUCCAAAAAAUGUUCGAAAACUGGAACACUUACUUCCAGGUUUUUGGCAUUUGAGAACCAAGGCAUUUGAGAACCAAGGUACCGCUGUAUACUGAUGUGUUUUGGGAUGUCAGGUGACCAUCCCUAGUAGACAUCAUGGAGGUGAGCACGAACCAUCUAGUCCAGAAGUGGGACACAGGGACCUAUAAAGAACUCCUACAUCAUUUUACAACCCACCCACCCACCCCAACCAUUUUAAUUAGCUAGCAAAAUGUGGAAACAUCUUUGCAUGGUCCUAGAUGGAUCUGGCUGCCAUCUCUAGGACGGCUCAGAUUUAAGAGUAGCCAGGAAGUAAGUGUGUGUAUAGUUCAUGCAAUAACUGAUUUACAACUUAGUCUGUUUUAAUGAUGCAACAUUGUUGUUGUUUUAAAAUACAGUUGGAUUGAUGCUGAAAGAACAGAUCUUCCACUGUUCUUUCUCCAAAAAUAUAAAGUGGUGCUACAGUGGAAUCUGAAUUUCUAAACAGACGUCACAGAAGAAUCAAUUUUAUUUUAAAAGUGGUGGGGAAUAUUCAGAAGAGGGAGAGGAACUCCAGGAGAAGUUGACUGGUUUCUUAAUAGUCUAG